AUGUUACAAGCUAAAGCAGAAGUGCAGUAUCUUGAACAGCGCUGGGCUGAGCUUCAGUGGCUUCGCAACAGCUCAGGCGAUGAUUACGCACUUACAAGAACCAGAACAGCUGGGCCAGAAGAUCCGGCUUAUCAAAGGGUCAUCGAUAUUGCUGCCGUGUCCGUCUCGCCUUACACGACGCCGAGCCUUAUCAAGUCAUAUCCAGUCCUGCAACAUGAAGCCAAGUUAUUUUAUUCUUCUGAGCGACCCCCGCUUAAGAUACCUGUCCAUGGAAACUACUACGAUAUGUAUCCUAGGACAGCUGGACAAGAAUAUGCAGCCCAAUUUAGCCAGUUCAACGCCCAGAAAAUCCCACUGGAAGUGGCCAAGCGGCUGUUUGCAGUUUACAAAGACAACAUCCUUCCGCGGUUUCCAUCUUUCAUGGAAGAGGACUUGGAUCAGCAAUUCGACCUCUUCUACGGCGACAAUGCUCAACCGUCUAACACCACAACCUUCAUCGUUACCUUGAUCUUGGCUAUUGGGUCGAUGACCUCAAAGCGUCACGAGUUCCGAAAGAUCGCCGCCCUUACUGAAGCGUUACACGCGGAUGCAAUGCGACAUAUUGGCUUCCUGGGGGAGUCGUCCUUGACAACGCUUCAAUGCCUUCUGCUGUUGAUCCAGUGUGCUUUACUACUACCGCAUACCGCUAACCUUUGGUACAUGAGUGGUGAAGCUAUGCGAAUGGCCAUCAGUCUGGGACUUCAUCAGGAGCCUGAUCUAUCAACAACCGUGCUUUCUUCUCGCGCAGAACUACGCCGAAGAAUCUUCUGGGUUACUUAUGACUUGGAAAGGCUGAUAGCGAUUUCCAACGGUUGCCCUGUUGCUAUAAGUGAUGACCACAUCUCGACGCAGUUGCCUUUUGGUGCCGGGUCAACACACGAUGCUUCAGACAUACAGACGUUCCUUUCAAGAGUGUCUCGUGCCUCUGAGGGAAAACAGUUCCUGGUCCAGAUCAUGAUUUGUUUCAUUCAAACCGAGAUUCUAUCAGUACAAUUCUUUGAUCAGCCGAUACCCGACAACAAAGACCACAAUUCAUGGGUUUCUACAACCGAGGAAUCCAUACAUGUUCUUCUAAAAUAUGCAAAUUCUGAAGGGAUCACGUCGCUGCCUCUGAUUUCAGCAGCUCAUCAGUGCCAGAUUUCUCUUCACCGGCCAUGUUCAAGAAAUAUUGCGGUUUCAGAAUCAUUGCUCAUAAAAGCCGUCACUGCCUCCAUUCAAUUGAUUGACCUAUCGAUCAAGACCAUAUCGAUAGGUGGGUUCAUCCUGACUUUUAGCUUAGCCUGCAAUUCAUUCCACGCAGGCGUAGUUUUGUUGUAUGCUCUCAGAAAUCAUACUUUGACUCUCCAGCAAGCGGAUCUCAUCGACCAGUCCAAUCAUGCUUUGGAACAGUUGUGCAAACUUAUGGAACUACUUUCUUCAAGAUGGCCGGCCCUGUCUGAUACUGCAAAAUACAUAAAGGAACUAAUCGACACAAACCUACGCAACCCGAUCAACGACCUCGGUACUGAAUACGACAUGAGUGUCCUGGAAGAACUCGACUUUCUAGUCACUCAACGUCGGAUACAUAGUCUAUAUCAUCGUAACUUGCCAGUCCCGAAUAAGCAGGCCAGUAUUCUCGAAGCACAGGCGAUCAGCGAGAUCAGUCCUGGUUUCUUGCACGACGACUCUUGGUGGGACGAAUUUAUCGUCGACGACUUUGAUAUGUUCGCCAACCAAGACUCGGCAGCUGCUGGCUUUUCCUUUGCCACUCCUACGAUGGAAAUCCAAGUAGACGAGACGGAACCAUCCACAACGACGCGUCCACCUAAACGGAAAGGGACAGAUCUCGACGAGAUCCUGGAAGCUCUUCCAUCGUGUAGCUCUUGUCGGGAUAGACGGAUUAAAUGUGAUCGUCAACUUCCAGCUUGCACAUACUGUAAACGUACAAAUCGGGACUGUGCUUUCUUCGAUCCCGUCCUCUCGGAGAACAUCUCUUUCAGGCGGGUACACUGUCUGGUCGAGAACAUUAAGAAACUUACAGCUGAAGUUGGCACGAAUCUGGUGGUCUCUCGUCGAUUACCUUCGCUGGCAACCCAUACCCAGAACAUUGUGCUUAUGCCCUUUCGAACCGUGACUCAUUGUCCACAGGAUAACGGAAUCCUGCCAUCUAAUAAUAGUGUUUCGUUCUUCGGUCCAUGGACUUUAUUGGGCAGUUUACGAGAAUUGUUUCAUCACGAGUCAGAAUAUGAUGUUCCAGAAGUCUUGAAACAAGCUGUAAGCAUUGGCGGCCUUGGCUUGAACAUCCAAAAUUCGCAUGUGGAGUUACUAUCGCCAUCCACCACCUUAAGCUUGCUUCAUCUCUUUUCCAGAUCUGCACACGCUUUCUUCCCGGUACUAGACGAAACCGCACUGCAAGUGAUGUUUGCAAGUCUCUACAGCAUUGAAAGCUUUCUCGAACAAGAUCGUCAUGGAAUCUUUUAUCUUGUUCUUGCCAUCGCUUCUUCUAUUGCCAAGAAGAGUGAGCCAACGUUAGCUUGUUGGGCGCCUUCAUUCUUCAACAAGGCUAUUGAGAAAGUGACUGUUGUUUCUGAUCACUCGAGAACUGAAAAUAUUGCACUGUUCCAAAGGACUCUCCUGAUAUGCGUUUACCUCUUGUUGAACCCAGACGCAGGGGAUAUAUGGCGACAUCUUGGAUUUGCCAUCCGCCUGUUUCUAGAUAUUUCUCACCGUCCGUCUGAGGAUGAAGUUGAGGAUCACCAUUUGUUUUGCAUGCUGACAAGAACCAUGUACUGUCUCGAGAGCCAAGUGUCGGUUGCAUAUGGCAGACCAAGCCUCCUUGUUUUCGGCGACAGUCUUCGUCAAGAACAGGGUCAGACGAACUCCAAUACUAUCCGAGAAGGCAUCUCUAUCUAUUUCUACCUCAUCUCGUUUCAUAAAAUGAAGAUUCACAGUGCAUUGCUCAAAAGAGGCUCAUUAAGUGACGACCCCGACCAGUCACAAGUUGGAGAGUAUAAGAGAGAUAUCGAGGAAUGGUUUGUUCUCUGGAAAGAACUCGUCACUCUCCUAGCUGAGACUGAAGACACUUCUAUGUCCUACAGCUGGGCAAGCACUCAGCCUUUGCAACAUCAUUACGAAGGCAGCAACUAA